AUGGAUGGUGCGAGAAAGAAGGUGAGAAAACUCGCUCAGCACUUCUUGCCCGAACAGCCGCAUCAUCUCGCCCUUUCGCCUACCGAGCGAUAUCCUGAGCCCACGACCUUGUGGCAGCACAAUUCGAGGCUGCAGUACUCCACAUACCUGUCCGACGCCGACCGCGGCGUCCUCCUCACCCGCCCAUACUAUGAUAUUCGGCAAGAACCAGAGAGUGCCACCGCCAGCAACAACGACUCGGCACAUGCCGGCAGUCGACCCGAGAUGAAGAAGGCAGUCACCAAGAUGUCCUUCAAGGACUACCAAAAUAAACAGAAGAAGUUGUCAGAGUCGCCUCCCGAUUCAGGCGCGUCGGCGCCGAGAGCAACCGACGCGAAAUCGCAAAGCGGUGAGGGCAAGCCCUCGAGGGACGGGCCCAGGCGAGAGGAGCUUUCGAGCAAAGCCUCAGGCCACAGACAAGAUGCCAAGGUUGCGCCGCGGCAGGAAAUCAACGGCGAGAGUGGUGUCCCUUCUUCUAGGUCAAAGCUCAAGACAGCCCCAAUCGGCGCUCCGAGCCCAAGCCUCGAGAACAAGAAGCGUUCCGCGGACCACGACGAUAGUCCUCGCCCGCAGAAACGAAACAAGUCUGACUCUGUCUCCCAAGUUGACCGAGUUCACACCCCCCGAUCCGAUACCCAACGCGGCUCGCAGGACAGCGCGAGCACGCAGACCAAGCAGCCGAACCGGGAUAACAAGUUACUCGCGAAUGGUCGGAGCAAUCUGGAAGGAGGCAAAGAUGGCGCGCGACCAACAGGAGCAUCACCACGCCCUGUGGUGAACGGGACCAAGUCGCAAAAUACAAGCAGCAGUCAAACGACGCCAAAGAAACCAGACAGUGGAGGAAAAUCAACAGUACCGCCGUUACUGUCGCCUCUCCGGCUGCCUCUAGGCGAGGAUCGCGGCCCCAAGAGCCCCAGAAAGCGACCAACGGAAGGAAAUACGGCAUUAAAGGCGCCACCCAAGCCGAUCAAGUCGGACACAAACUCGUCCCAGAAGCAGAAGCAUUCUUCCAUCAUCCCGCCUCUCCUUUCCCCGACCUUACCGCCGGUUUUGGAGCAAGAAAUUGCUCGAAUGAAGCGAACGUCUUCCAAAGGCGACUCGAGUCAGGGCACCAGGCAAUCGUCUGAGAGCCCUGGCAGCAUAAAGAAGUCGCGCGCCCCGCAAGAUGACGAUGCAGAUAGGCCGCGGGCGCCUCAGAAACCGAGCCUGAUUGUCACCCUGAAAUACAAGAAGAGGAAUGCUCUGCGAGUUCAGCGGCUGCUGGCUCUGCCACCAACACACGAGAAGGAUGCGCGACGGAAAGAACGUUCCGAGAGCAUGGAGGAUACUCCUCCGCCAGCUCGAAAGCAUCUCGUCGAAGACGCGAUCGCAGUCAAGCGACCCAAGACUUCGUCCGACAAGACUGUCGCCUCCAAGUCGCUGGCAGCGCCUUCGACGCCGGUCAAGACGUACUCCAUGUCCCGCGGCCCCUCGAGCAACUCGCAGACGGCGCAAACCCCCGGAGACAGCACAACGCUAACACCGGGGACCAACGAUCGGCCACCCACGAGCCACAGCGGCGAGAACGGCGCCGUGGCCCCGUCGUCGAGCACUCUGCGCAGCCGACAUGCCCAGUUUACGAGCCUGGGCACCAAGCUCAAGCACGACCGCGACAACAUCAUCAAGGCCCGCGGGGCCAGCUCCCGCAGCGGCGAGUUCCUGAGCCUGCUGACGCCGUCGGAGCGCAAGCGCGUCGCCGCGCUCAGCCUCGAGAUGGUCAUGGCCUACAUGAUCGCCUUCAAGUCGCUCAACCAGGCGCGCGCGCUCGACCGCAAGGCGUGCGACUUCAAGCCCUGGGAGGACCUGCUGCCGCACCUGGUGGAGCUGCGCAACUUCACGCGCGCCUACCAGCCGCUCGACGCGCUGGCGGUGCAGCUCCGCGCCGUGUGCCUCGAGCAGCUGGCCGACGCCUACAGCGCGAGCUCCAUCUCGAGCCAGGACGCCGCGCAGGUGGCCGGCCCGAAGCUCGUCAAGCUGAACCGCAAGCGGGGCGAGGCCUGGGCCGAGGCGUACCAGUGCCUUCUGGGCAUCGCCGACGAGGGCAUGAAGGCCACGGUGGGGCCGUGGUACGGCGCCGACGAGGUGGUCCGCGUGCUGCUCCCUGUCAUCCGCAAGUGGGCCGACAAGGAAGGCAGCAGUUGGCGGCCCGAGAUUGUGCUGCCCUGA